GUUUUAAGUUUGUGUUUUUUUUUUUUACUUUAUACGUAGACGGCAUUUAAUUCUUGAAUUGAAUUAAUCAUUUCCAAAAGUUAAAACGUGUCUAAAGUUGUAGUUACUUAAGUUUUAGUAAAGUGAAAAUAGGAUCUUAAAAAAUAUUAAAAUAAACUAGAAUAAGCUCAAAUUGUUUGUUUUAAAUCAUAUCUUAAAGUUAUAGAAGAGUGUAUUGCACUUUAGUUGCAGAUAACAAUUUUGUUGUUGUGUUUAUUUAGAUAAAAGAUUUUUUAUUCUUGUAAAACAAAUGAAGAAAAUCAAAGAAUGGUUUUUAAACGUUCCAUGGGGUAAAGUUGCAUUAAUAUCAUGGGGUGAUCCAAAAGGAGAGUCAGUUUUGUUGGUACACGGAAGACAGGACAGUGCAGCAACAUUUAUUCCUCUGUUGGAAUUACUUCCAGAUAAAUAUCAUUAUGUUGGAGUUGAUAUGCCUGGGACUGGACUAUCUGAUCCAUUACCUAAAGGUGUGAUGUUGACAAGAAUAUUUCCAGUAUCUGUUGUACAAUUGGUGGUGGAACAUUUGAAAUGGGAGAAAUUUAUUUAUAUUGGUCAUUCGAUGGGAACAGAAAUAGGUUUGUUCUACAAUGCUGUCUUCCCCAGAAGAGUUAAAAGAUGUAUAUAUUUAGACGGAGGUCCAGCUCUACGUAGAUUGUUGAUAAACGAUUUUUCUUUACAUUUUAAAUCACAUUAUGAAUAUUAUUAUGAUAAUUAUGAAAGUAUUAAUAAUGACAAUCGUGUAUUCAGUAAAGAAUCAGCGACAAAAGCAGUGAUGAAAGCAAGAAAUAUGACAAAACAACAGGCCGAGUUGAUUUUAUCGAGAAAUUUAAAGAAAAUAGGAGAUGAUAAAUACAAGCUUUCUUGGGAUAAAAGAGAGAAGAUUUUGGCUCCUACAUUCAGUUCUAUAGAUUAUUAUUAUAGCCUUUUCUCGCAAAAUUGUCCCCCGACACUUUUUAUUUCUGCAAACCAGUCUGACGGAGGAUAUACUCAAGCUAAAGAUUUAGUGAAACAAUUAAUAUCAGAUCUUACUAAGAAUACGAAUUAUUUCAAAGUUGUGGCUGUAGAUGGCGGACAUGACGUCCAUUUUACUAAUCCUGAAAGAUUGGCAAAAUAUAUUGUGGAAUUUUUAGAUGAAAUUGUAAGAAUCAAAGCAAAACUUUGAUAGUUUGAAUUUUAACUAUGAGGUAUAGGUAUUUUAAUAAAUUUUUACAAGGGUUCAGAAUGUAUAAAUAAAUAUG